AUGGCUGAUAACAAAUUAUACGAACUUCUGGGUGUCGGUAGAAAUGCCACAGAGACCGACCUCAAGAAGGCUUACAGAAAGCUGGCAAAGGAAUAUCACCCAGACAAGAACCCAGAUGCAGGUGAAAAGUUUAAAGAGAUCAGCUUUGCAUAUGAAGUGUUGUCUAACCCUGAGAAGAGAGAGGUUUAUGACAGACAUGGAAUUGAUGGAAUUAAAGAAGGCGGAGGUUCAGGUGGUGGAUUUGGCGGAGCCAGCAUGUUUGAAGAUCUGUUUGGAGGGUUUUUUGGAUUUCCUGGAUCCGGAUCUGGAUCAGGAAUGGGCGGCAACAGACGAAGGCGAGGAGAAGACACACUCCACCCAUUAAGAGUAUCACUGGAAGACCUUUACAAUGGAAAGACAGCCAAGCUACAACUGAGUAAAACAGUUUUGUGUAGAAAAUGCAGUGGCGUGGGUGGGAAAAGUGGUGCAAAUCAGCGGUGCAAAAAGUGUAAUGGUCGUGGUGUGCAAGUACAGCUGCGGCAGUUAGGACCAGGCAUGGUACAGCAGCUUCAAAGUAUAUGUUCUGAAUGCCACGGAGAAGGAGAGGUCAUCAGAGAAAAAGAUAGAUGUGUAGAGUGUAAAGGGAAGAAAGUAUGCAGUGAGACCAAGAUACUAGAGGUUCAUGUUGACAAGGGGAUGAAGGAUGGCCAAAGGAUUCCUUUCAGGGGUGAAGGUGACCAGCAGCCCGGUGUGGAGCCAGGUGACGUAGUAAUCAUUCUGCAGCAGAAAGAACAUGAACUCUUCACGAGAAAGGACUCUGAUUUGAUUAUGGAGCGCAGUAUAUCUCUGACAGAGGCUCUCUGUGGCUUUCAUUUUGUGAUCAAACACUUGGAUGGGCGUGAUAUAGUGAUACGUAACCAGCCUGGCGAGAUCAUAUCUCCAGGUUGGUACGGAAUCAGGCACACAGUCGGACACAGAGAGCAUGUUUAA